AUGGCCCCGUUCGGCGAAACCAUUGCCGUGAUUGAUAAAUCCGGCAAGGUAGUGAGUACGAGUAAGCAAUUGUUUGGUGUUUUCAGCCAUGCCAAGAAUGCAUAUAGCGCCCGCAAGGCCCAGUUCCAAUCCGAGCGGAAUGCUAUCAUCGCCGAAAGAGAAGCGCUGAAGGCAUUACAAAAUUAUACGAUUGACGAUGCGCCCUCCGUCGCCUCUUCGCGGAGAAGUCGUUCGCGACACCAUUCGGGCCGCAGUCACUAUGCCCGGCACUACUACGACGACGACUAUGAAUAUGAGCAGGACCGCGGCUCCGUUGCGUCACGCCCGGACUCUUACUAUGACCGUCCGCAGGACAUGGUCCGUCGACACACCCAUCAUGAUAUCGCCACGCGGGGGCCCGAGCUUCGGCCGACAACCAGUCGCUCAAAGUCUGAUGCGCACAUCGACAUGGACCUGGCGUACGGCGACUACAAUCCUCACACGUUGACCAAGGCUCCGCCACAACAAAACCAACUACAGAAGAUCGAGGACCCGGAACUGAGUGGCCUAGUAAACCGCGCGCAGUGGCUUAUGGAGGAAGCCAACUGUGUGCACCACAGUGCCACCACCACGAUUGCGCAUCUUCAAAAGAAUCCAGAUGCCAUGGCCGCAGUUGCGCUCACCUUGGCUGAGAUCAGUAACAUUGCCUCGAAGAUGGCCCCGGCCGCACUAUCAUCACUGAAAUCGGCUGCCCCUGCCGUUUUCGCACUGCUUGCCAGCCCUCAGUUUCUCAUCGCCGCAGGUGUUGGUCUCACUGCGACAAUUGUCAUGUUUGGCGGCUACAAAAUCAUCAAGCAGAUGUCCGGUAAUGGUAACGAAGUCAGUCGAGGACCAGACCGCGGCCCCGGGCCUGGACCGGCUGAGUCUGUCGGUAUGGAUGACAUGGUAGAGAUCAACACCGAAUGUCUCAGCGGUGUUGAAAUGUGGCGACGAGGUGUCGCCGAUGCAGCUGGUGAAAGCAUCGGCACCUCUGUUGAUGGUGAAUUCAUCACCCCAACUGCUGCUAUGAUGUCCGGCAUCGAUGUGACCACUGCACGCAUGAUGCGGGAUCCUCGUUUCAAGUUUGAUGACGAGGAAUCGAGGGCAUCAUCCCACCGGUCUCAUCGUUCGCGCCCCCCAAGAUCUCGCGCGCCUACCCGUGUGAACGAACGGCCGGAGUCAUACGCGGCUUCCAAGGCACCGACUAAGUCCUUCUUCGGUAUUCCAUCUAAAGCGCCAUCUAAAGCGCCGUCGAGAGCCCCAAGCAAGGCUCCAUCGAAGGCGCCCUCCCGAGCUCCAUCUAGGGCUCCUUCCAGAGCUCCGUCGAAGGCGGACUCCCACCAUUCACAUCACUCUCACCACUCUCAUCACUCAGAUCGGGACGCGCAACCCAAAGAGAAAAAGAAGCGAUCCAGCAGAUUACGACUUAUGUUUACAGCUUGA